GGUCCCGGCGAACGUUGGUGCGCACGUGUCCUCGACGCAGCCUAUUUCUCUGAAAGCGCAAGAGGCAAACGGUGUAGGCGCGUGCCUGGCGGAGCCAUGUUUGUUGCGCACAGCAUUGCUGCGGAUCAUAAAGAUCUCAUCCACGAUGUUUCUUUCGACUUCCACGGGCGGCGAAUGGCGACCUGCUCCAGUGACCAGAGCGUCAAGGUCUGGGAUAAAAGUGAAAAUGGGGAUUGGCAUUGUACUGCUAGUUGGAAGACACAUAGUGGAUCUGUGUGGCGUGUGACAUGGGCCCAUCCUGAAUUUGGACAGGUUUUGGCUUCCUGCUCUUUUGACCGAACAGCUGCUGUGUGGGAAGAAAUUGUAGGAGAAUCAAAUGAUAAACUGCGAGGACAGAGCCACUGGGUUAAGAGAACAACUCUAGUGGAUAGCAGAACAUCAGUUACUGAUGUGAAAUUUGCUCCCAAGCACAUGGGUCUUAUGUUAGCAACUUGUUCAGCUGACGGCAUAGUAAGAAUAUACGAGGCACCAGAUGUUAUGAAUCUUAGUCAGUGGUCUCUGCAGCACGAGAUCUCAUGUAAGCUAAGCUGUAGUUGUAUUUCCUGGAACCCUUCAAGCUCUCGUGCUCAUUCCCCCAUGAUAGCUGUAGGAAGUGAUGACGGUAGUCCAAAUGCAAUGGCCAAAGUUCAGAUUUUUGAAUAUAAUGAAAACACCAGAAAAUAUGCAAAAGCAGAAACUCUUAUGACCGUCACUGAUCCUGUACAUGAUAUUGCAUUUGCUCCAAAUUUGGGAAGGUCAUUCCACAUUCUAGCUGUAGCAACCAAAGACGUAAGGAUUUUUACAUUAAAACCUGUGAGGAAAGAACUUACUUCCUCUGGUGGACCAACAAAAUUUGAAAUCCAUAUAGUGGCUCAGUUUGAUAAUCACAAUUCUCAAGUCUGGCGAGUGAGUUGGAAUAUAACGGGGACAGUACUAGCAUCUUCAGGGGAUGAUGGCUGUGUAAGAUUGUGGAAAGCUAAUUAUAUGGACAAUUGGAAGUGUACUGGGAUUUUGAAAGGUAAUGGGAGCCCAGUCAGUGGGAAUUCUCAGCAGGGAAACUCAAAUCCUUCCCUAGGCUCAAAUAUCCCAAAUCUACAAAAUUCAUUAAAUGGAUCUUCCGCUAGCAGGUAUUUCUUUCCCCCUCUGGAUUCCCCACAGGCUGGAUCGAGAUGGUCCAGUUAUGUCCAGCUCCUUCCUCCUCCUCCUCCUCCUCCUCCUCUGGUAGAGCACUCUUGUGAUGCUGACACUGCCAAUCUCCAGUAUCCUCACCCUCGCAGACGAUAUCUCUCUCGGCCUCUUAACCCCUUACCUGAGAGUGAAGGAGUUUAAAACACUGAUUUAACAUUUUAAAGGCCUAUUCAAAUGCUUGUAAAUGCUUCCAUUCCUGGCUGCUUUUUGUUUUUCUUCAUUUUCUUUCAGAAGAUUUUUCUAAUUUAGGAUCUGUCUUGCAUGUAUUACAACCAGAACACAGUGUUUGAAACCUAAAUGUGUUUGGUGCUUCUGCGUCAAAGGAACAUUUGCCUCAUUGAGUGAUAACCUUUAAUGAAAUAAGAUAUGUACAAGCAACAUUAGUUGUGAGUUACACACAGUAGCUUACUUCCAAGUGCCUGUUCUGUAAGCUUUACUUUGAACUGUAACAGCCUUUAGUUUCCGGUUAAUGUGAAACUAUGUCAUUACGAAGUUUGCUCUGACUUUGAGACAUAUUAAGAAAUAUUUUUCAUUUUACAGGUUAAUGUUACAACUGACUAGUAUGUAAAAUAAAUCAUUUCUGUGUAUAAAGCAGCAAAACACUAUGGACUGGUCUUUUUUUUUUUUUUUUUAAGGAAAUUGCCUUUCAGUACUUGGAAUUACUGUCUAAAGCUUUUGUAAUUAUUAUCCUAGUGGGUUAUUUAAUAAAAUAUAUUUUAAAAGUAAUGAAUCUUUUGUCUUAUAAAAAUAGAAUGUAUUUUAUUUAAUAGUCGAUAAGGCUUAUCAUGUCAGUAAAAUAAAACAAAAUUAGGGGAUGAGCAUGACAUUUAAAGUGUAGAAAAUCAAUAGGUAAAGCUAACAUCUACAACUGACAGAUGCUGACUUUUAAUUUACUUAGACAAAACUAGAAUAUACCAUUUUCUAAAAUAUCUUAAAAUUUGAGAUCAGAAUAUAUUUGACAAUAAUUAUGGUAAGAUGAUUAAAACUCUGGGGCUAGUGUUAUAUAUAUAUAUUUGGUUCAGUUUUCUCAAGAGUUGUCAAGGACUUAACCUCCUUCAGGGCUAAAGACAUUUUGAACAGCCUUUCGUAUGUCUCUGAUUACACUUAGAUGACACAGUUGUUAUAACUAUAAGCUCAUUUUAGAAGACACCUUUCCUAUGAAUAGUGUCUGUCCAUCAGAUCUUCUUGACAUGCAGAGGAUAAAGAACUGAUAAAAUAUAUUCCCUUAAUUUUAAUAUAAGGAGCAUUUGAGUUUUUUUUUUUUUUGUAUCUAGUUAUUAAAAUAAUUUCUGCAAGGUUAACAUUCCAAAUAUUAAAAAAAAAAAAAACCUCUUUUCAGAUAAUUCUCAAAGACCUUUCUUCUGUUGAGGAAUUUGUUUUAGACUUGUAGAUUUGUUUAGGCUCAAAGUAAAGAAUCGAACUUACAGACAGAUCUAGCGGAGAAUUAAGAAUUCAUGUCCUUGAGGUUUCAGCCAUUAUAGAGGUUAGAACGGGACAGUGAAUUGAGUGGUUACUAUUCCAGUUUAGUUUAAUGAAUAUGGAACACCUACUAUGUCCAAGAUACUAUGUCCAAGAUGCUACGCUAAACAGUCUCAGGUAUGUAAAAAGCACAUAAACUCGUUCUAAUGGGAGAAAACAUUUACAGAAUUUACAAAAGGUAGCGGGGUUUAUCUUUGUAAUAAAGGUAGAAAGAGUAUAGCAGGUAUAAAGGAGAGUGACUUUUUUUAGCUAGCAGGGUUGGGGAGUGAUGUGGGACUUCAGCAGGUGACUUAGUGGAGCAGGAGGAAGGUAGGAGUUCCUUCCAAGGUGAUCCAGAGGUAAAAGGAUGGGAGUGUUCAGGGAACGUGAUGUAAAUAAUGCAACUGAAAGUAAAACUAGGGUACAUUUAGGGAACUAAAAACCCAAAAACAUAUUGCUGUUGAGUCAAUUAUGACUCAUAGUGACCGUAUAAAAAAAAAAUUUUUUUUUUUUCAGAGUAAAACUGCCCCAUAGGGCUUCCAGGGAGCACCUGGGGAUUUGAACUGUUACCUUUCGGUUAGCCGAUUGCUGGGUGUUAUAGAGGAGUGACUUGAAGGUGUUUAUGGAGGAAGGAAAUUUAUUGAGUCAGGUAGCAGGGGUACAAGAUGAAAUACAGUCUGAAAUGCAAAGACACGUCCCAGCAGUUCACCUCCAAAUGUGUGGUCUCAGUGUAGAUUGGGGUUUAAGGUACUAUGUGAAAGAACUGUUAACCAGUGAGUUGUAUUGGCCAAUAAAUGAGAGACUGAGGUGGGAGAACAAAAAAAGAAAAAAAAAAGGUACCUUUAUUUCAUUGUACAAGGAAAUGGAGUCAAUCCCUGCUUACAGCUGCCAAGACUGCUUCCCAAGGGCUGGCAGGCAGGUUACUUUUAAAGGGGUUUAUAAGUAUGGAGUUCAUACACAUUACAUCAGCAACGUUCUUAAUCAUACUACUCAUACUAUGCAGGCGCAAUGGGGUUUACAUAUAACCUCCUAGCAAAAGCAGGCUCCAAAUGCAAAGCUGAGCUGGGGGAGCCCAGCAAAGGAAAGGAUUUUGCAAUAUAAUACUGCAGGGAAGGAAGCAGGUAAAGAGUACAGCACCUUAGGCAUUCUGUCUCACUCCUGCCCUUUUCUUUUGGACAUUGGUCAGUUCUGUCUCACUCCUCCCGUUUUCUUUUGGACAUUGGUCAGUUCUGUCUCACUCCUGCCGUUUUCUUUUGGACAUUGGUCAGUUCUGUCUCCUCCUCCCGUUUUCUUUUGGACAUCGGUCAGUUCUGUCUCACUCCUGCCGUUUUCUUUUGGACAUUGGUCAGUUCUGUCUCACUCCUCCCGUUUUCUUUUGGACAUUGGUCAGUUCUGUCUCACUCUUCCCGUUUUCUUUUGGACAUUGGUCAGUUCUGUCUCACUCCUGCCGUUUUCUUUUGGACAUCGGUCAGUUCUGUCUCACUCCUGCCGUUGUCUUUUGGACAUCGGUCAGUUCUGUCUCACUCUUGCCGUUUUCUUUUGGACAUUGGUCAGUUCUGUCUCACUCCUGCCGUUGUCUUUUGGACAUUGGUCAGUUCUGUCUCACUCCUGCCGUUGUCUUUUGUACAUUGGUCAGUUCUGUCUCACUCCUGCCGUUGUCUUUUGGACAUUGGUCAGUUCUGUCUCACUCCUGCCGUUGUCUUUUGGACGUUGGUCAUUCAAGAUCACUGUCCAUUUUGAACUAUAGCCUGGCUUGGAAUUGUUUGGCAUAUUUUCAGAGAGGAACAAAUAUUGGACCUAGGCCUUUCAUUGUGGGUGCUGGCCUUUUGUUGGUUUAUAACUGACUGUUUACUAAGUAUUAAAAGAAAAAGUGGCUUUUUUAUGCCCUGUUUGUGUAAUGUCUCCCUAAGAGAUUCUUUUCCCCCCCCCCCCCAAGAUUGUCUUAGCUAUUGCCUUUGUACCUCAGGGCCCAGUUGAUGUGUCUUUAUGAGUCUUUGUGAGUCCAGUUCCAGCUUUGUCACAUUCUCUGUGCUCAAGGACAGGGAAUAAUGAUUUCAAUAUUAUUUUCUAAAUCAUUCCCUCAUGAUUGGAGAUUGGAGAUGAGAAAUCAAUGGUCAAUACUUGGACUUGGUCAAGCUCCUAAAUGGUGGCCACUGCAGGCUUUAUAAACGCAUGGUGAUGGUUUUCCCCCAGAUAGUAUUUGGUCCUUCACCAGGAUAUUAAGUAAGAGUGAUGUUCUCAAUCGCAUUGCUGGAGUGAACAUCAGCAUCUUAGCCGGAGACCGCCUUUUGCCCUUUAAGGUGUGUGAGACUCUCAGGAUGCAGACUAAGAAUAUUACUAUCCCUUGCAGUAUUUAUUCCUGGUGUUAACCAACGAAAUAAAUCUGGUGUUUGUAAGGGUGUUACAGUGUGUAACCAAAUAGCUUGCAGUCUAAUUCUAUGUAUGUCCUGUUCUACUUCUCCUGUGUUAUUUAUCCAGAUGCAAUAAGAGGUAUUUGCUACAGCACAGACCAUACUUUGUUGGGCUAAUAAAAAAAAUCUAAGGGUAUUUUGUUAUCUCAUGUCACCUUGGCUGAUGAGGUCAGAGAUUACUGUUGUGUUUUUAUUUCAUUAGCAACUUUGUCUGUUAUUUGUCCCAUAAUGAUUGAUAAGUUUCUUAAAGAUUUCUCCAGUUCAGCUAUACCAUAACUAGGAAUUAAAGCUACCAACCGUACCCUGAGUGUUGAACUAGUGGGUUUCUUUUUGACUCCUUCUAUAGUGUGUAACAAUUUAACAUUACCUUUACUAUAUAUAUAUAUAUAUAUAUUUUUACAAUAUUUGGAAACCCUGGUGGCGUAGUGGUUAAAUGCUACGACUGCUAACCAAAGGGUCGGCAGUUCGAAUCCACCAGGCGCUUCUUGGAAACUAUGGGGCAGUUCUACUCUGUCCUAUGGGGUUGCUAUGAGUCGGAAUUGACUCGAUGGCACUGGAUUUGGUUUUGGUUUGGUCUCAAUAUUUACUAGUAUCAUUACUGUGAAUAUCUAAAGGUAAUCCUAAAAUUCUCAAAGUGCGUUGCGCACACAUUCACCAGGAAUCUAAAAAAGAGAUUGCCCAUGUAAACUCACAGUCUGUUGGAAAGGCAUCAUUUAAAACCAGUAUAGUUGGAUUCACAACACAAAAAAUUUGUCUAGAGGAAACAGAAGGUAUAGAAAAAUUCACAACAACCAGAUUGUCUUUAGAGAAUACGUGAUUAACAAGGUGAUACAGGAUGUACCUCUCCUAUUGGAGGUCUUCAGUUAAUCUGUUUAAAACAUAUUAAGUGUUCUUUCGAGGGCAAGCUGUCCCUCCUUGGUCUACCUAUUAACAGUUAUGGGUCACUUUGUCAAAAGCAGCAGUGUCACAAAACUUUUUAUGAGAGAAGAACUUCUAAUUCAAGAGUAACAGUAUCUAUACCCACUAGUUAAAUAACUUAGGAGAAAGGAAAAUGGUUUCUUAAAUCUAGAAAGUAGGAUCUUAAAACAUCAGCAUUAUUCCCACAUAAAACCAUAGUUUCCUUUCGUUUACUCAGUCUUAUGUAGUUACUUUUGUUCUAUGUGAUUCUGGAUCAGCUACAGUCAGCUUCUGUAUAGGAAUUCUGGAAGUGUUAUUCAGUCUAGUCAAACUCCUUUUUGCAAGUCCAAUAUAGUCCAUCUUUUUGUUAGAUACUCUGGCAAAACAUUCCCAACAAAUCAGCAAAGUAAAAACUUACCUACAGGUAACAAAACUUAGUAUGGACAUGAUUAACUUAUAAAAAUAAUGCUCUUACAGUGAAAGACCUGAUAGAAAUUAAUUAAAAGCAUAACAUAAAGGCCAAAUAAAAUCAGUUAAAAAAAAAAAAACU